AUGAUUCACAGCCACGAGAACGGCCGCAGUCCAUGUCCUGGAAUCAACACCUUUGCGAACCACGGCUUCAUCCCCCGCGAUGGUUUCAACGUUUCGUUCGCCGAAAUCAGAGCAGGCAUCGUCGAAGCCGCCAACUUCCAUCCAAGUCUGAUAGACAGCAUCAUAGCAGCGGGCGUCGGUGGUUCCACGACCGAGUAUGAUGAUACCAUACAUCUAGACGACCUGGCCAUACACGGCUUCCCCGGCGAGGUGGACGGCAGCAUGAGCCGCAACGACAUCUUCUUUGGCGACAACCACAGCUUCAACGCCACCAUCUGGGACAUGAGCUUUGCGCACUUCCACAAUCCCGUCGUGUCCGUCCAGGAUGCCGCACAGGUGUGCGUGGACCGGUUCGCGGCGGACGACGCCGCCAAUCCGGAGUUCGACCCGAAGUCGCCCGAGGGAACGCCGCCCAUGACGGUGUGCUUCGGGUCCGCCGGGCUAUACAUGCUUCUAAUGCGGGACGCCGAUGGCAACCCGGUGCGGGACUGGAUAAAUACCUUCUUCCGCCAUGAACGACUCCCUGAGGGUUGGGCCAAGUGGCCUACUCCGGUGACUGCGGAUGACUUGAACGCUUCCCUAGAAGCAGUCAUGGCGGCAGCUUCUGGGCUUACACCCUCGGUGAGAAGACAUCUGCUGUAG